AUGCAAAGUGGUACAGUGGCAAGCCAGCCCUAUACUGUGGACCUGGCUGCGGGAAAUGGUCAACUGGAGGCGAGUGGCGCCAAGGGGGCAUCUUCAUACGCUUCAUCACAGACAGCCACUACACCAGACGUGCACAGCUACGAACCUUCCACUUCUGGAGUCGCAGAGAUCAACACUCCCUUUGACCCGCAAAGUGAUUGCGGUCUAGACAGAGAUCGCCAAGCUUCUGAUCUUGACGACGAACACAAGGCUGCCGCGGCGCCGGAUGACCUCGAGGUUGCUGGUCAUCAGGUCGCAUCCAAAGUGGCUGACAGCAGCCUCGAUGAGAAGUUGCCACCGCAGCUGGUGGGCUGGGAGGGCCCUGACGAUCCUGACCAUCCGCACAAGUGGUCUGUGGUCCUUCGUGUAUACCUCACCUUUCUAGCAUGCGUGGUGGUGCUGGCAUCUACGUUCACCUCUUCGAUCUCCUCUGGUAUCGCUGAGAGUCUGAUGAAGCACUACAGCUUCGGCAAAGAGGUCGCUGCACUCACCAUCUCGGUCUUCGUCGCGGGUUAUAUCCUGGGACCCUGGUUGUGGGGUCCACUCUCGGAACGAAUCGGUCGCCGCAAGGUAUUUGCGGCUUCGCUGCUCAUCUAUACUGGCUGGAACGUGGGCUGCGCUCUGGCACCCAACACAGGUGCGCUACUGACGUUCCGCUUCCUCGCCGGCACCGCUGCCGCUGCGCCGCUGAGCAACUCAGGUGGUCUAAUCGCCGACCUGUGGCCGACACGCGUUCGUGGUAUCGCCACCGGUCUAUACGCCUGUGCGCCCUUCGCCGGGCCCGCACUAAGCCCUAUCGUCAGCGGCUUUAUUCAGAGCUCGGGCGCCAAUUUCCGAUGGGCAUUUUGGGUUUGCGCUAUAUUUUCCGGUGUCUGCUGGUUGCUAGUAGUUCUCACGCUCCCAGAGACAUACGCGCCUGUGCUCCUCAAGCGCAAAGCGGACCAACUUCGUCGACAGACUGGCAGCGCAAGCUACUGCGCGCCGAUAGAGCAGGCCAAACUGACACCGUCGACGUUUCUGCGAGAUGUUCUGAUCAAGCCGCUGAUCAUGUCAAUUCAGGAGACAAUGCUGCUCGCCUCGAUCUUGUUUAUGGCGUUUCUGUACGGUGUUGUCUACCUGCUCUUCGAAGCCUUGCCCAUCGUGUUUGGCGAGGGCUACGGCUUCAGCGCAGGCGUUGUGGGCCUCAUGUUUAUUCCUUUCGCUCUAGGGGCGUGUGUUGGCGUGCUAUUCUACAUUGUUGUCUUUUUCCCUCGCUAUGCCCACAAGGUCGACAAUGCGCCGGGCAACCAGGUAGCACCAGAGGAACGUCUUCCUAUGGCUAUGCUUGGAGCACCUGUUCUGACCAUCGGCUUCUUUUGGUUCGCGUGGACCAGCGACCCGAAUAUCAGCUUCUGGGCGCCCAUGCUCUCCACUGCCCUGCUGGGCUUUGGCAUCUUUUUUGUCUUCCAGGGGCUGUUCAACUUUAUGAUUGACGCCUACACCGUCAAUGCAGCCUCGGCGUUGGCUGCCGGCGUGAUUGUGCGCAGCUGCUUUGGCGCUGCAUUUCCGCUUAUCGCGAGACAAUUGUAUGCUCGGCUGGGCACCAAAUGGGGGUCCAGCUUGCUCGGCUUUCUCGCGUUGGCUAUGACGCCGAUCCCAUUCCUGCUGUAUCACUACGGGCCUCGUCUCAGGGCCAGAUCCCGAAGUGCCAAGCAUACUGCCGCCUAG